CGUCUCUCUUCUCUCUUCGUCUCAUCUCUCUCUAGACCAUCGCGCAUCGUCCCGGGCUCUUUUCGUUUCCUUCUUCUCGAUUCCUAUCUCUUCGUUUCGGGCUCUCGUGUUCGCAUUGAUCAACGCACUUCACUUCUCCAACCCUUACCCAGCAAGCAAUUUCCCCCUCGCAACAACAGUCACUCCAACGCUCUCGAUCGCACGCGACCAAGAACCUCACCACCCCCUCACACAAGUCCCCUUCUCCCCUUCCCCAUCUCACUCCCAUCCUCAUGGCCGCGACCUUUGCGCCCUAUGGCAUGACGCCCGGCCAGCCCGCCGAGGCCCCCAAGAAACCUCACCUCUAUAUUGGCAACCUGAGUCCUCGCGUGACCGACCAGAUGCUAGCCGAGAUCUUCCAGGUCGCCGGCGACGUCGUCUCCGCCAAGAUCAUCCAGGACCGCAAUUUCCAGCACGGGGGAUACAACUACGGCUUUGUCGAAUACGCCGAUAUGCGAAGUGCCGAGCAGGCGCUGGGCACCCUCAACGGCCGCAAGAUUUUUGACGCGGAGAUCCGUGUCAACUGGGCAUACCAGGGACAGGGCAACCGCGAGGACACGCAGCACCACUUCCAUGUGUUUGUGGGAGACUUGAGCCCCGAGGUCAACGACGACGUGCUCGGCAAGGCGUUCCACCAGUUCCCGACACUGUCGGAGGCGCGCGUCAUGUGGGACAUGAACUCUGGCAAGAGCAGGGGCUAUGGCUUCCUCUCAUUCCGGGACAAGGCCGACGCCGAGAAGGCCAUCGCGACAAUGAACGGCGAGUGGCUCGGCUCGCGCGCCAUCCGCGUCAACUGGGCGAACCAGAAGACGCAGACGGGCGGGAGCCGUACGCUUGUGGGCGGCGCGCCGGCCAUGGGCAACGGCUUCGCAGGCCAGCUGCCGUUUGAGCAAGUCCUCGCCCAGACACCAGAGUACAACACGACCGUGUACGUCGGCAACCUGAUCCCAUACACGACACAGGCCGACCUCAUCCCCAUCUUCCAGGCGUACGGCUACCUCGUCGAGAUCCGAAUGCAAGCCGACCGGGGUUUCGCGUUCGUGAAGCUCGACACGCACCACAACGCCGCGAUGGCGAUCACGAAUCUGCAAAACACCCUCGUGCACGGGCGCCCCAUCAAGUGCUCGUGGGGAAAGGACCGCCAAACAGACGCGCCGGGGUUCAUGAUGUACAACCAGGGCAAUUUCCAGUACCCGGGCUGGCCGGGGUACGGGGGCAUCCCUGGCCAGCCUGGGUCGCUGCCCGUCGGCGGCACGCCCGAGACGAACGGUGACGGCUGGGACCCCGCCGCCGCGCACGCCGCGCCCCCGUUCUACCCCCAGUCGCAGACUUGGGGCGGAUACUACAGUCAAGAGGCUGUCCCCGUUAUCCCGACGCCGCCGCCGCAGCCGACCCCGCCGAACGGGCACCCAUCGGCGUAGAUCGCACGGCGCUUGAUCGACGAGCCACUUCUGCCACGUUAGCACGACGUAGACUCACAUGCAUGUCACGAC